AGGCGAGUCAUGAAGCGUAACGUGCGGCUGAGAUGCCCCUUCCGGAAGGGCACUUGUGAAAUCACCCAGAAGACUCGGAGGCAGUGCCAGGCCUGCCGACUUCGCAAGUGCCUGGAUAGUGGAAUGAGGAAGGAAAUGAUCAUGUCUGAUGCAGCCGUGGAGCAGCGGAGAGCCCUGAUCAAGAGAAAGAAAAGAGAGCAGUUGGAGACCCAGGCUCCGGAAACCAAGGGGUUAACAGAGGAGCAGCAGCAGAUGAUCCUGGAGCUCAUGGAUGCUCAGAUGAAAACCUUUGACAACACAUUCUCCCAUUUCAAGAAUUUCCGGCUGCCAGAGGUACAGAACAAUGAUCCCGAGUUCCUCAAGUCCAUUGUUGCCAGUUCAGAGGAAAACGCUGCCAAGUUGAGCAACAUCACCAAAGAGCUCUGCCCCAUCUCUCUACGGCUGCAGGGUGAGGAUGGCAGUGUCUGGAACUACAAGCCCCCAGCAAACGGAUCGGGGAAAGAGAUCAUUUCUUUGUUGCCCCACAUGGCUGACAUGUCAACCUACAUGUUCAAAGGCAUCAUCAAUUUUGCUAAAGUCAUCUCCUAUUUCCGUUUCCUGUUUCUGAAGAUCAUAGCCAUCCUCACGGAGCUCCGAAGCAUCAAUGCCCAACACACCAAGCGACUGCUGCAGAUUGAAGACAUCCAUCCCUUUGCCACUCCUCUCAUGCGGGAGUUAUUCAACAUAAUGGACCUCUGA